CACUCCAUUAUUGUACAGCACUUCGGGGGUACGAAGUGUGCUGAAUUAUUUGGUUUAAAUAGGGAAUUUACCUGCUAUUAUUAAAAAAUCUGUAUGCAUCCGUUCUCACUAAUUUUGUUAUGAAGCUAUCCUUCUAAAGUAGCAUAUAUUUUUUUCUUUUCCAUAAUGUCCAGUUUUUAUAAUUCAUCUUGUAAAUAUUGGCUUACACUGCAGAUUUCGACAUCUUUUAGCAAUAUUUCUAAAACGAACUCGUGGGCUAUACUGUAUGAGCGUUCUGUUAUAGGAAAUGGACGAUACCAAAUCUGAUGGUACACAAGCAUAUUAAUCUUACUCGCUGCAUUAUCUAUAGUAUUUAGACAGUUGUUUUGUAUUAUAAUUAUACAUCUAAAUAUUAAGUGGCUGGAUUUAUAUUCUAUGGGAUCACUUUGUUUUUAUUAUUAUUUGGUCUCUAAACCUCUUUUGUUACCGCUCCCCCUCCUGGGCCAUAAUAAAAUACAAAACCCCGAGCUACGUCUGGCUGGAAGAAGUUCGCUAAGGAUGCGGUGAAGAUGGCGAUGAAUGUGAAAAAUAAUGGUGCUUAUUAUGAAAGUAAUGAUCACUUUAGAAGUCACAGUCCUCAGCCUUUAAAUUACGGGACUGGCAGCACCUAUUUCCCUCGCUUAGCAGGUCCUGAUUCUGUACUGAAGCCACCCAUUAACCUAAUGUGCCAGCCGCAGCAGCAGCCUUUCCAGACGAUGCCACCUUCUCAGCCCCUUGGACCUCCAGUAGUUAUUCCUUCAGAUCCCCUACCUUUUUCUCUAUCCGUUCCCUUGUCUGCCAAAUCCCCUCCCUUUGUCCAAAUUCUGCAUAGGUCCCCUGCCCCUACAUUGCCCCCCCCUAGUCCUAAGGCUCAGGAGGAGGAGUGUCAAGCAGGGGGAGGGGAGCAGGAAAUCACCCUGGAGGAGCUCUGUAAGCCUUUGUACUGCAAGCUCUGCAACGUCACACUGAAUUCAGCCCAACAGGCUCAGGCACAUUAUCAGGGUAAAAACCACAGUAAGAAGCUAAGAAAUUUUUAUGCUGGCAGUCAGCAACCACCUCCUUUAAGAAUAACUGAAGCAGCCGAGCCUGUUUCCUUACAGCCCCUAACGAAUCCACCAACGGAAAGUGCUACGGCCUGCAAGCAGGGAGCCAGCCGAGUGAUCCUGGCCACGGAGAAUGAUUACUGCAAGCUAUGUGACGCCUCCUUCAGUUCCCCCGCCGUUGCACAGGCCCAUUACCAGGGGAAGAACCACGCAAAAAGGCUAAGGCUAGCUGAGGCCCAGCAGAGCACCACCUACCUAGACUCAUCGGAAUUGAGCCAAAGGUGGCAGAGGAAAGAAGGAAACGAGUUCAAACCGGUCAGGAAUCGCAGGAAUGUGCCUCCUAAUGUGUCAGGUCCGUAUUACCACCCUCGUCCCCGCCAGAGGAUUCCCCGGGACCUGGCAAUGUGCGUGACGCCCAGCGGCCAGUUCUACUGCUCCAUGUGCAACUCUGGGGCUAGCGAGGAAGCCGACUUCCGCCUGCACCUCGAAAGCAAGCAGCACAAGAGCAAGGUGUCAGAGCAGCGGUACCGUAGUGAGAUGGAGAAUCUGGGGUACACUUAGAGAAGGCUUCUCAUUGCAGGCAAGAUUAUGAAGGGAGGUCGUCUAGGUAGCCAGUGCAAGAUGAGAGCCAUUUUGAUAUACCAGGGCAAACUUAGUCUUAAUCAAAUUAUCCUCUCACAUUUGUCUUCGAUUUAAUUUGCUUUGUAUGAAAAUAUACAAUGCUGGAUCUAUUUAUUUCCAUAUUUAUCUUUGAUCGAAAAGGAUUGUAGAAAUAUUCCACUGGGUAACUUAUAAAUAUGACCAACUCGCGAUCUUGCCUUGUUGUGUUUUGUUGCAAUCAGAGCAAAUAAUUACUUUUAAUUCAAACCUGUGGUUUUCAAAGCAUUCUUGAAGAACCACUGCAUAUGCUGGCUUGACUGAUCUCUUAAUUAAUGGAGUAUACAAUCAAGAUUUUUUAGAAGAUACAAACUUUACAAGCUUCUUUAAUGAAAGUAAUAUGGGUGCAGUUGUAUGGAAAUUUUUUAUUGAGCUUUAUUCUGAUAAAUUAGCCACUCAUUUCAUUGUUCAAGGUACUUUACCUAUCUAAUAAUUAAUGCAUCUUGCACUGUAUAAUUACAUUAAGAGCAAGAUGUGUUUUUAAGCUUUCUUCUGUAGAGAAAACAUCUCUCUAAAGAGAAAUGUCAGGAUAAAUCAUAAUAAUCAUUUAAUCUGCAGCAAUCAAAACUCAUUAAUAAGCAUUUAGCCAAACCAGCAUAUGCAAAAAUGCCCCCAGACCAAGCUUUAAAAACCAUUGCUUGAAAAAGCAGGUCAAUGUACCUUGGAAAUCCCCCCAUACAGUCAUUUUUUUUUGUUAUUGUUGGUUUCCAGAAAACACGUUAUGUCACCAGUCAAUGCUGCUGAAAAAUUGCACUCUCCACACUCACCACUAUAAUGCUUUGAGAUGAGAUUGUGAAGACAAUUAUUUUUCAUUGGCUUCGUGCAAAUUAUUUUCAGUGUAUUUUUUAAAUUUUUGUAGAGAAUUUUUGUGCUAAUUAUCUCUAGUCAUUUUUUGUAAUUAAACCAAAACUGAUGUUUCCGACCAGAGUUAUAACUUCUGUUAAGGGAAGGCUUCUGUGCUGAGAACAAUGAAAUAAUUCAGUUCACUAUACAUUUAAAACUCCAUACGAUUGUUGUAUGGGAAACUGUGUCUUCUAGACCCCAAUAACUUCUAUUUGUAGAAGUUAUUGUUCAAACUGAAAUAAUCCACAGACAUGUAAUUGUUUAAAUAAAUAACAGGCUGUGAAUUGCUUUUAAUUUUUUUUAAUUUUUAGCAAUUAAAUGUCUAAUAAGACAUUUGAGGGAAAGCAUAGGAUGAUAUUUAAAACACUGUAUUCACUGUUUGUGCACUAAUUCUGUUUAAGUUUUCUAUUUAGAAUUGUGUUAUGUUAACAAGGUAGUGUUACUUUUAAUAUUUCUUGUUAUGACUUGUAAUGAUAAGCUAAUAAUAUAUUUUCAUUGGGACUUUAAAAUGUGCUCUAAACUUAUGCAUGUUUUUCUCUCACCUUUCUCUGAAUUCCAUCUCCUGCUCAGAUUUUUACAUCUGUAACCCCCACUAAAAGUAUCUAUUAACGUAACAUUUUUAAAGCUUAUGGUGUAACAUGCACAUUAUAUCAGUAUGAAAAUGAACAUGUAUAAAUAGUUUAUUCAUUAUUUUACAUUUAAAUAUGGUCUUUAUUAACUGUGUAUUAGAACUACUUAUGGUUUCAACAUGUGUAAUAUGCCCCUAAUAGUAAUAUAUUUGCAUUUCUAUUAUUAUAUAUUUUAUAGUGGGACAACAAUAGGACAACAACAAAUUCAUUUAUAGAUAAAGAAAUUAUUUUAAAUAUACAUUGCAAUCUUUUAUUUAAAGCUUGCUUGUUUUGUAAAAGCCACUGGACUUAGAUGCUUGUUUUAUGCAUUUAUGUUUAUUAUUAUUAUUAUUAUUAAUGUUACUACUAGAUGUGUUAUGAAAGCGUGUAUAAUGGGAAGUGAAUCACAUGUUUGUUCCGGGUACCACUAGCCCAGAACAUCUUCCAGUCUGGACACUGGUCAUUACUGAGUCCUGAGUCCUGUCCAUCCAGAAAGAUGACUAAACUAAAGGGAACUAAAGGCAUUCUCUCUGCUGAUGCAACAUUCUGUAGCAUCUGUGUCUCAUACUGGCCCUUAAGGCAGCAGUGUGUGCUUCUCCUUUCUCUUAGCCAAAGUAUUUAAUCGAUUCAUUGAAGUGGCUUAGCUGACCUUGAUGGUCUUUACAGCCUGCCGGACUCCAGCCCUGUAAACUUAGUUAGGACCCCAUUUUCUAACAGUGGGAAUUUAUUGGCGGUAAAUUUAACUUUUGAGUGUUUUGGGUUAUGUUUGGGUAUGUAGCCCUUAAGCAGAGCAUAUUUAUUUCUGAAGGGAAGAAAAGUGAAUUCCUUUUAUCGUGAAGCACUAUGGCAUACAUUUUAUGUAUAUUUUUCUAAAUAACAGUGAUUGUGCAUAGUUUAUGGUUAUUGUUAGAAAGAUUUUCUCUAAAAUUAGUUUGAGUCAGCACUGUAAAAUAGUAUUGACUUUAACAAAGCAGGGCAUUGAUAUAAGAAAGCCUUAAACAAAAUGUUACAAUUUCAGGGAAGUUGUGGCACUUUAUUUUCUAUGUCAUGUAUUACCAAGAUUUCAUAACUAUCAUACUCUGUUAAAUUCCAUUGAAGUUUUCCAUGUAAAAUUUCUGUUUCGGAGUAACAUGUUUGUGGAUUCAAGAUUUUUCUUUUUUUUUGUACUGGAGUCAUUGAGAAGUGCAUCCUAUAUUUGGAAGCCAGUCUCUCCUUGGAAGAGGCCUUUUGUAUGGAUUUUUUUCCAGCUGCCCUGUCCGGUGUAAACAUGUUUCCAUAAUAAUCAUCGUGUCAUGAAGUGGUUCAUAAAAAAAAAAAAAAAAAACCCUAUAAAAACGCUUCGUGGGAGUGAUUCAGAUUUGACUUCACUAGUGAAUUACUGAAGUAUUUUCUUACCCAGUUUUGUCAGUACAUGUAGAGAAGAUGAAUUAUGGUAUAAAAUAUUAAAUGCAUUGAAAACUAGCCCAUAGAAAUUUGCAAAAAGCACCUCAUGAAUUCAGAAAAAGAGAAAUAGUGCCUUCUAAAACUGCCAAAUAGUUUCAUAGUUGCCUCAAGGACAGACUUAAGUCUUUUGUACACAGGACAUAAAACAAAUCUAUUGGGCUUUCACAAAUUAGUUGAGAGUCAGUUCUGUUCUCUUUAGACCAUAUGAAAAAUACAACGUUGUUUUUAGGAUUAAUUACUGCACGUGAAUAAACAUUCUGCAAAAUUGCCCAUUGUAGAAUAAAAUUAUUUUAUUUAAAACUUGAAUACUGUGAUCUAAUUACGAUUUCAAAACCUGAAAAUAGUCUGAUGGACUGCAAGUGUUUGAAGACCGGAGUAAUGUGAAACGUUCCAGUGUGGAUGGAGAAGCACAGUGUUGCUAUAAUUAUUCAGCUUUAUUUAAAUGUCAAUGAAAUUUUUCACUCAAACAUUUUUAACAAAAGUGUUUAUUUUUGUUGUAGUUCUCAAUAUCUAUUUAGGAUGAUUAUAAGUGUUAAAUUAUUGCAGCAAUCAAUCCUGACUUCAGUUAGCUGUAAGAAUAAUUUCCGUCAUCCAAAAUGAUAUUGUUAACUAGCCAGCUGGAUUUAGCCAGUCACUUUGCAGAUUUUUACUAUCAUAUUUUUACACAGUGUUGUACUACCAGUAAUUUCAACACAUCACAUCUUUUGAAAGAUCACUUCAAAUACCUGUAUUUUGAUUUCAGUUUGAUUUGGGGGGGAAUGCAUGUUACUUAGGAGUCUGAUGCUAAAUUAUUCUAUUUUUUAACUUUGUCCACUAGUCAAGUUAUGGAUCAUUCAUGAGAAGUCAACAGUAUAAAAUCAUUAGUCAUUCUACCCCUAAUGUCCUCCGAAACCGGAAAUCGUUGUGGAGCACUCUGGUCAUAAAGGUGAAUGUAUAGGCCAUAUUUUCGGAAAGUAAAGUAAUCACAAGAAUAUCCAAAUUAUCCUAUAAAUGAUAUCUGAUAGCAUUUUUGACAUUUUGAUCAUUGUAUUAUAAGUAUUUGCUUCCACGUAAUAAAAUGAAUCAAGUGAAACCUA